AUGGGUCGCGAAGAUCAAGUUGAGGAGCGCGAGGUGCUCGACUCCAUUUUUCCCGAGGAAAUUACAGACAUCUCCGAAAAUUCAUACCGAGUAUCGAUAACUCUUGACCCACCCGAAUUUGAUGACGAAGAGUCUGAGCAACCCGUCAUAUGUCUGGAAGUCACAUACCCCGAAGAAUAUCCUGAUGUCGCUCCGCAGCUCAGCAUCUCCUCGCCGCCCAAUGCACCCAAGCAUUCUCGCCUAGAUGUUCAAGAGGACCGAGAACAGCUCCUCGAGGCUCUGCAGCCCACAAUUGAGGAGAAUAUGGGAAUGGCAAUGGUAUUCACUCUCGUCAGUGCCCUUAAAGAAAGCGCAGAGUCUCUUAUGUCAGAACGUGCGAACGCUGUGGAAGCCGAAAGGGAGCAGGUCAGGGCAAAGGCCGAGGAAGAAGAGAACCGCAAGUUCCAGGGCACACCAGUCACCAGAGAGACGUUCUUGGAGUGGAAUGCGCGAUUCCAGCAGGAGAUUCGGGAGGAGGAGCAGCGCGAACGUGAGGAGAAGGAGGCGGAAGACAAGAAGAAAAAAUCUGGGACCCAGGAGAAGAAGCUGACUGGGCGACAGUUGUGGGAGCAAGGUCUGGCUGGCAAGGCAGACUAUGACGAGGGGGAUGAAGAUGCUAUGCCAGCUAUUGAUAAGCUCAAGGUUUCUGCAUAG